AUGAAGUUGAACAUUUCCUACCCUGCCAACGGCAGCCAGAAGCUCCUCGACAUCGAGGAUGCGCGCAAGCUCGCUAUCUUCCUGGACAAGCGCAUGGGCGCUGAGGUCCCCGCCGACUCCCUCGGCGACGAGUGGAAGGGCUACAUCCUCCGUAUCACCGGUGGAAACGACAAGCAGGGUUUCCCCAUGAAGCAGGGUGUCAUGCACCCCUCGCGUGUCCGACUCCUCCUCUCCGACGGCCACUCCUGCUACCGAGUUCGACGAACUGGCGAGCGCAGGAGAAAGUCCGUUCGCGGCUGCAUCGUCGCCAACGACCUCUCCGUCCUUGCCCUCCGCAUCGUCAAGCAGGGCGAGCAGGACAUCCCCGGAUUGACCGACGUCGUCCACCCCAAGCGCCUUGGUCCCAAGCGUGCCACCAAGAUCCGACGAUUCUUCAGCCUCAGCAAGGAUGACGACGUCCGCAAGUACGUCAUUCGACGAGAGAUCCAGCCCAAGGACGAGAGCAAGAAGCCCUACACCAAGGCUCCUAAGAUCCAGCGCCUUGUUACUCCUCAGCGCCUCCAGCACAAGCGCCACAGGAUCGCCCUCAAGCGCCGUCAGGCCGAGAAGGUCAAGGACGAAGCCAACGAGUACGCUCAGGUUCUCGCUAAGCGUGUGGCCGAGGCCAAGGCCCAGAAGGCCGAUCUCCGCAAGCGACGAGCCAGUUCCAUGCGCAAGUAA